UAUAUGAUAAUAAACUACAGAUUCGUUUUUAACUGUAUCAUUUUGUUUUCAUGAAUCUUUAUAAUCAUAUCCGAUCGCUUAUAUUUUUUCCUCGUCUGUUGUGAGAGAGAAUGUAAAUAAUGAACAUGGCGUCGCCGAAGCGUUCGUCUGCGAAACCCGUAAAAAAACCUCAAGGAAAAAAACCAGUCCCACCACCUAUACAUGUUGGACAUUUCAUUGUGGUGUUGGUGAUGACUGUCUGCAAGAAAAUACUGCUAAUCGACACGUCUGUGAAGAUUGGGCUCUAUUUUGCCGGUGUUGUCUUAGGUUCGGUCUUCGCAGAUACGGUGCAGCUUCCGAGAACUUAUUUAUCCAAUAAAGAUAAUGUGUUCAAUCAGUAUUUCGUGAAACUUGGUUGGGGAUGGACUCUUUUGAUCUUAACUGCUUUCAUUACGCAAACAAGUUAUGUAUAUAAUUUAGGGAAAACAAGCAUGGUCAAAGUUCAUUUAUUGAGGCUCUGCAUGGGGAGUUUUUGGUGGUACACAAUGGUGUCUAUGAUAAAUUAUAUUGAGUCCCAGGUAGGAGUCUGUUCUGGGAAAGGAGUUUUUGGAAGAGAGGCGUGUAUAAAGCAUGGAAAGUCUUGGCUUGGAUUCGAUAUUUCAGGACACGUCUUUCUUCUGAUACAUAAUCUACUAACUAUUUCAGAAGAAGUGAAGAUAUUUAAAGACUGGAAAAAACUUGGAGAAAUGUUUGAUGAUUCUGAUUUGCCAAACAAUAAAAACAUCAAGAUGAGUGACUUUCUGGAAGGAAGGAAGAGUUACAGAGUUCUUACCCCGUAUAUCAAUGUUACUUUUGUGAUAGUAGCACUUUUUACUGUUCUGUGGGAAUUUAUGCUGAUCAUUUCCACUAUCUAUAGAUUCCAUACAACAUCCCAGAAAGUUGUAGCAGUGUUUAUGGCUGUAGCAUGCUGGUUUGGAAGUUAUAAACUUAUUCUAGGAUAUACAAAAACUGGAUCCCUGAAGAUGUUGCUUAAGCCUGGAGAGAGUCAGAUGAAAUUUUCAAAAAUUGGGUAGACAUGUCACCAUUUUUCAAAUGCUGAGGAGUAGUUAUAGUCUAUUGUAUUCCUUUGGCUUACUUUAUGUAUUUGAAUAUAUUUAUUUGAUAUGCAUGUCUAAUUUCUAUGCCAUUCAACAGUGUUAAAAGUAGAAAUCCAA